AUGGAAUAUUCCCUUAAUUGGGCCUCUCGAGAAAAUGAGGCCAACUCGCUGUGCAAAUUGCCGGAAGAACUAGUCGAAAAUGUCGUCGCUUCUCUGGGUACUGAAGAUACUGAAAGAGAAUAUCUGUGCGCCCUGCGACUGACCUGCGCGCAUCUCUACGAAAAGUCAUUGCAUUACUUUGGACGCGUCGUGCUUCAUACUGUACGUACAGACCUCGGCUUCAUGAGCUUACAGCGACUUAUGAGGCUGGCGGGAGACAAUCGUUUGAAGGGUCAUGUACACCACUUGCUCAUCAGAGGAGUUCUGAAUAGCCGCAUGGGCUUCGGUUUCCAAUGGAUGAGAUAUAAUUCGGGUCAGCUAAAUGUGAAACAAUCGCUGGGGGCUCGCUGGUUGCGUCAUGUCCUCCUCUCAUUGCCUAACUGCAGGUCGUUUGCUGUCCAUCUCAACUACGGAUGGAACGAUUCAUCGGAAUAUUCUCGCUUAGAACCCAGCGAUGGUAUAACCAUGAUCAUGGACAUUAUUGCGGAGACCUGCAUCCCUGUGAAAUCUUUUUCUGUGUACGCUCAUCCGAGCAGCAGCGGGUUUGCCUUCAAUGAUGUGGAUCCACGGUGCCUUCAGUUUGACAUCCUCAAAGACCCGACCUUCAUCAACAGCUGGGCACACGUUGAGAAGCUAAAGUUCCACCAUAAUUUCAUUCCCGGCAAUAUCGGCGAAUGGGUAGCCAGUGUUAUCGCCCUUGCCCCAAAGCUCAAGACGCUAGAGAUUGGCUUUGACUACACCCCCGAUGCACAGAUAAUCACGACCCGUCUAGCAUCCGGGCCAGUAGUACUCUCUGAAUUGCGAGAGCUCACACUUACCGAAGCGUCCGAAAUGGAAUGGGAUGAGCUCCUGACACUUCUCCGCUUUAUAUGCCGCACUCUGCAAUGCCUGAAGCUGGAGCGUCUUCAACUAAAAGGCGGCACCUGGAUUCCUCUACUUUCUCAACUUUACCAGUUCCCUUUGCUAGAGGAUCUUACCUUGUUUUGGCUCAGUACUAGUCAGAGAAGCGUUCUGCAUUUCGUUUCGCUCACGAACUACCUCCGCGGUACUCUAUCGGGCGAAAGGCUCAAGCUCGACUGCAAGCAGUUUCGGGGUAUCUGGAAAACCGUCUAUGUCGCGUAUCGCGGCGCAAACAUGCCGGCGUUGUUGAAUGCUUUACUGCAGUCCGCACGAGAUGAUUAA